AUGUCCAAGUGGAGACAGGUCAACGUCUUUGUUCAUUUUGCAGAAUAUGAUCCCAUUUGGGACAGAAUCCUUCCUUUCCAUUUAACCCUUGAAGGUUUUCCAGGAUCCAUUGAAGGGAAAGUCUGGCUCAUGACAGGUUUGGGAACAUAUGAAAUGAAAAAGCACAGACUUCUCAAAUACAUCCAUAGUAUUUGGACAUUUUCUUUUUUGCCAAAUAAAAGGCCAAAAGAUGAGGCCUUUGAACCCUAUUUCUUUCUAAGCCCCAGUUUUGAAGAUGAGUCUUUUGAAUGUUCUCUUUCAAAGCAUGUUUUUUCUGUCAAAGGCCGGAGACGGUGCACUGAGAAAUUGCCCCUGGGGGCCCAAAAGAAUGAGGGCAAUUUCCAUAUCACAAAUGAUGAACAUUAUUACAGUUUUGUUAAGACUCUGGUCCAUGCCUUGAAUGCUGCGUAUUCCUCCAAUUCCAGGAGGAAAAGGAAAGAAGGGGAAGAGAGCUUGGGCAAUCCAAGGCUACAGCCAUGGCAGUUUCAUCCCUUUCUGGAGAAGAAUGAGUUUUGCAAUCUUUCCCAAUUUAGACUCUACAUGGACCAAAAUGGAGAGAUAGCAGCAGAUCUGGGCAUCGUGGCCUUGUUGGUUCUCCCCAAAAAGGAUCCCAUCGAAAGGCUACUGGGGGCAUUUAAAACUCAGAGCUUUAUUUUCUUGAAAGAUGCUAAGUCAGAGCUAAAGUUGCUCAACAAAGUGGGUGAAAUUUUGGCAUCUUACCUCUGUUUUUAA